AUGAACACUCGAGGAAAACUGGGCGAAUGUCGCUCUACAUCUCACGAUACUUUGCGAAGUGGUAUAUCCUCGCCGCGGGUGGCGCAUUUUGACGGCGAAGUUCCUCCCGCACUUUCCCCUCUCGAUGCAUUUGCCGCCCAGGGCCGCUUUCUGGCCCGCCAACUCGAUGAGUCUCGACGAGGAGACCGUCGCAUGAGUCGCCUGCCGCCUGCCAGUGUCGCUCGAUCGCUUUCACAAGGCCGCCCGGGCUUCUACCGCUCCAAGUCGUCGGCUGAAUCCCGCACCGGAUUGACCCGCCAACCCACGCAGAAGGGACAGCCAGAAUAUGAACAACCUAAAUACCGCCCGAUUUCUGAACAUCCCCGCUUCAGCUCGGUUUCCAAUGCUAGUACUGAGGCUAGCUAUUAUGAGGAUGACGAUGAUGAUAGUAAUAUAACACCUCGGACAACGAUGGUCCCCACUGGACCGGAGGUGUAUGGGAUGCCGCGCGCCGAGUCUCCGGAGAAUCUGGCAUCGGUCGCAAGUGGGGCGGAGGGUGCACCUGUUGAUGUGGCCUUUCAUGAGCUACGAGGUUCAUCAACCGACUCGGCAACUUCUCGACUACAUAUUCCACGCACCUUGGCACCGCCAGUGUCGCCGCGUUCGCGUCCGUCUAGUAGCUCCAGGAGGGCGCAUCAUGAGAGUUCUGAUGACGAGUACAGCAGCUCCAAUGGGGGGUCGACGUUCUCGAAACCUCGCAAGAUGUCCUCCGGGAGUGCUGCUUCGUUGCCAUAUUCGCCCAUGUCAACAUACCCUGCACGAACGCUCCCUCGAUCACCGUCCAUGAGCUCGGAGACAUCGGGCUCCGGAAUGAAUCAUUUACCCAGGCCUUCCUUCAAUUUCUCUCGGCCGCUGAGUCGAUCAAGUACAACCCUAUCUGCUCCUAGUUCCUCGACACCUACCGAAUCGACCAUUGCGUCCACUUCACACCACAUGCAGCGUCGCUGCAAGCCGACCCCACUGCAGCUUUCCACUGAAGGAGCUGCCGCAUUCGCACCGCUAGAAGGCGAACCAUCCUCCGCAGUCUCAUCUUAUGUUUACGCCAAGUAUGCGCUUCCGCGCGGACGCUUCCUCUCGAGGGAUUCGGUCGUAUUUGCAGGCUUGCAAACGCCUCAUUUCGAAUGGGAAGGAGCGAUAUUUGAGAAAACACCUCCUCGAAACUCAGAGCAGCCACCACGGAUGACACGAACGCCAUCUCCAACGCCUCAUCGCCAGUUCGAGCACUCACCAAAGCCUCACUCGAUGCACGAAGUUCCAAAUUCAACGUUCCAGACCUCCAGGCCGAAAUCUCAACCUGAACUACCCCAGCCUCAACGAGCUCUGCGACCCCCGCCCUCGCCUGUGCCCACAUCGAAAGUGGAGCCACUACGCCCCUCUGUUAAUAGCGCCCGACAGAUAACCAACGAAAAGGAUGAAACCGUCUCUUCUGCGGAUUCCGCAAGCACCGUGCGACCUCAAACCGCCGCCCCUCAGGUGACGGCGUCCGGCCUUACCGCCGAUGAUCACGUCACUAAGGGCAUCGAAUGCCACGAAAGAGGAUCUCUCAGUGAGUCGACGUAUCAUCUGCGUGUCGCCGCGAAACAGGACCACCCGACGGGAAUGCUGUUAUAUGCGCUAGCCUGUCGCCAUGGCUGGGGCAUGCGGCCUAAUGAGAAGGAGGGCGUGCGAUGGUUACGCAAAGCCGUGGAUUCCGUCGGCCUCGAAAUGUUAGCCAAUCCCGAUGCUCCGGGUGCGUCGAAGGCGAAGGAAUUGCAAAAGGCAUACCGGGCCCAGUUUGCUCUGAGCAUCUACGAAUUGGGCGUUAGCUACUUGAAUGGCUGGGGCAUUGAGCAAGACAAGUCUCUUGCCCUGCGCUGCUUCGAGAUCGCCGGUCAAUGGGGCGACGUCGAUGCCAUGGCCGAAGCCGGAUUCUGCUACGCGGAGGGCGUUGGCUGCAAGAAGGACAUGCAGAAGGCAGCCCGAUUCUAUCGUAAAGCUGAGUCCGAGGGCAUGAGCAUGGUUGGAAACAGCUGGAUCCACAAAGACAAGUACAAUGAGAAUGAGGCGAAGAAUCGCUCCCGUGGCCGAAAUGUCAGCGGAGAGAAGGACAAAAAGUCGCGCAGCAAGUCUCGUACUCGCAGUAUCUUCCAACGCAAGAAACCCAACGCACCCGAGGCAUAG